AGUUGAUUCCUUGGAAGAAAGUUUUCUACAUACAAAUUGUGAUAUAGCAUCAGAGAAAAGUGAGAACAUGUCUGUUCAAGUGAAAAUGGAACAGCCUGGUGAUCUACUACAAGAUGUUUCAAAGUUCAGUUGCAGUGAUGAUGAGAAUCAGAAUAGUUCAUUCUAUAAUGCUAUGAACCUAAAAACAGAGACUGAAUUUCAAAGAGAGAUUGAAUCAGGGUUAGAAAGAACAUGUGAUAAAGAGACCAGUGGGAACAUCUGUAGCGGAAGUCAGUUUCCUGGUUAUGUUAUAAAACAAGAAAAUCACUUUACAGAAGACGUAAAAUCCCAAAAUUACAAUAUUAGUGGAGAAACAAAAUUAAGUGGAAAUAACCUAAAAGCAUCUAACAUUCAUCAGUGUGAUGAUAAACUAUACAGUUGUGGAAAAACAUUUGAUAACCUAACACAACAAAAGAAGACUUAUUCUGGAGAGAAACCAUAUCAUUGUGUAGUUUGUAGAAAACAGUUUAAAAGAAACAGUAACUUAAAAAUUCAUAAAAGAAAACACACUGAGGAGAAACCAAAUAAUUGCACAGACUGCGGAAAACAAUUUAGAGACAAGAGUGCCUUAACAACACACGAAAGAAUACACACUGGGGAGAAACCUUACAGUUGUACAGUGUGUGAAAAACAGUUUGGAAAAAACAGUGAAUUAAAAAUACAUCAAAGAAACACACUGGGGAGAAACCUUACAGUUGUAGAGUGUGUGAAAAACAGUUUGGAACAAAGGGUCGCUUAAAAAAACAUGACAAAAUACACACUGGAGUGAAACCUUACAGUUGUAUAGUGUGUGAAAAACAGUUUAGACAAAAGUGUCAUUUAAAAGAACAUGAAAAAAUACAUAGUGGGGAGAAACCUUACAGUUGUACAGAGUGUAGAAAACAGUUUAGAUGGAAGAGUCAGUUAAAAGUACAUGAAAGAAUACACAGUGGGGAGAAACCAUACAGUUGUACAGUGUGUGAAAAACGGUUUUGAGAAAAGUAUCAUUUAAAGAUCAUGAAAGAAUACAUAGUGGGGAGAAACCUUACAGUUGUAAAGUGUGUGGAAAACAGUUUAGAUGGAAGAGUCAAUUAAAAGUACAUAAAAGAAUACACAGUGGGGUGAAAUCUCUUAGUUGUACAGCGUGUGUGAAAAACAGUUUGGAAACAAGGAUUAUUUAAAAAUACAUGAAAGAAUACACACUGGGGAGAAACCUUGUAGUUGUACAGUGUGUGAAGAACAGUUGGAAUAAAGGGUUGCUUAAAAAACAUGAUAAAAUACACACUGGAGUGAAACCUUACAGUUGUAUAGUGUGUGAAAAACAGUUUAAAAGGAAGAGUGAAUUAAAAAUACAGUAAGGAAAACACACUGGGGAGAAACCUUACAGUUGUGCAGUGUGUGAAAAACAGUUUAGAUGGAUGAGUCAAUUAAAAAUACAUGAAAGAAUACACACUGGGGAGAAACCUUACAGUUGUACAGUGUGUGAAAAAUGGUUUAGAGAAAAGGAUCUUUUAAAAGUACAUGAAAGAAUACAUAGUGGGGAGAAACCUUACAACUGUACAGAUUGUAGAAACAGUUUGUAACAAAGAGUACUUUAAAAAUACAUGAAAGUACACACUGAGGAAAAACUGUAUUGUUGUAUAAAUUGUCGAAAACAGCUUGGGAAAAAAAGAGAAUCCUUAAAUUUGUACAAUGUGUGAAAAAGACUUUGGAUAAAGCAGUUCCUUAACAUAUGAAUGUAUACAUAAUUAAUAGAAACCCUGAAGUUGAAAGUUUUGCAGAAAGCUAUUUCAAAGUAUCUCUUAAGUUAAAAAACAUGAAGAGAAUACAUACUGGUGUGAAACCUUACAGUCAUGUAGUAUGUAAUAAAGAGUUUAGAACAAAUAGUGUUUUAAAAUAUCAUAAAGGAUACAUACUGUAGAGAUAACUUACAGUUUUUCAGUUUAUUGAAAA